CUGUUCCUUCUCCUCUCCCUACCCACGGCGGGCGAGGCAAGCUGCCAAGGAUGGCGACGAGCGAGCAUGAGCGAGCGCGACGACAAGGGGACAGCACGCAGCAGUGACAGCAGCACCGGCAAAUUCCUUUCUCUCUGUCCUCACGCGCCGCCGUGCCGGUGCCGUCGCGUCGCUUUUGCUGCUCGCCUUUGUCUCGCUCUCUAGCUGGCAUUCUCGUUCCGGCACGCCCCCUCACGCGCAGCUCCCUCUCCACUCUCCACUGCCAUUGCCACUGGCACAGUUCCACCGCCCCGCCGCUGGCCGUCCUCCAUCUCCCCCGAAGCCCGAAGAGACGCGCGCGCGCCGGCGCCGCCGGACGAAGGAAGGAUCCCUGAGUGACGGGAGUCGGGAGGCGACGCCAGCCGGGCUCCAUUCCGUUGCGGUGCUCAUUGCGCGCGAGGUGUUCGUGGAAAGGCCCGGGAGGGACGAUGAUGCGAGACCUGGCCUGCUUCGGGGACGCCAGCGUCCAGAUCGCGGACGCGGCGUCGUCCUCGUCCUCGGGCACCGGCGGCGCGCGCGGACGCGGCAAGGACCCCGCGGCGGCGCGGGGCCGGGUCACGUGCCUCUACCACGCGAGGCUCGCCGGCCGGCCCUGCGCGCUCUCGGUCACGUGGACCAGGGGCGGCGGGCUCGCGGGGGCGGGGCAGGCGCCGGCGGUCAGCGUCGUCGCCGUCGACGCCGCGUCCGGGGACCGCCUGUGCCGGGCCGACGUCAAGCCGUGGCUCUUCGCCAAGCACAAGGGCUCCAAGAGCCUCGACCUCGCCGCCGCCGCCGGCAGGACCACCAAAGUCGACGUGUUCUGGGACCUGUCCGGCGCCAGGUUCGGCGCCGCGCCCGAGCCGUUGGAGGGCUUCUACGUCGCGGUGGUGUGCGGCCGCGAGAUGGUGCUCCUGCUCGGCGACAUGAGGAAGGAGGCGUACCGCAAGACGGGCGCUGGCCGGCCUGCCGUGGACGCGCUGCUAGUGGCCAGGCGGGAGCACGUCGUCGGCAAGAAGGUCUUCUCUGCCAAGGCCCAGUUCUGCCACCAUGGCCGGUGCCAUGACAUUGUGAUAGAGUGCGACACUGCCGGCGCCAGCGAUCCCUCUCUUGUGAUCCACAUCGACAGGCGGCCGGUCAUGCGGGUGAGGCGGCUGCCGUGGAAGUUCAGAGGGAACCAGACGAUUCUGGUGGACGGGUUGCCUGUGGAGGUGUUCUGGGAUGUCCAUGGCUGGCUCUUUGGCUCGACAAUGAGCAAUGCGGUGUUCAUGUUCCAGACAUGCCAAGCGCCUGAGAAGUCCAUGCCAUGGGCGUAUUUGCAGAUUUUUAAGGAGCAUCAGUUGGAAGGGCAUGGUUUCUCCUUGAUAAUACAUGCAUGGAAGGUUGAGUAGGAGUGUGCAGGUUCGAAUUGACUGCCACAUAUAUUCAACUUCCAAGUGUUAGAGAAAGUCCAAAUCAUGGUAAGUCUAAUUGAUUGAACCAGUUGCAACAUACUGUGUGGAUAAAGAUCAAGUAGAUCUUCUAAAAGAGGGUAUGAUGGACAUACAUUAUGCUAUUCAGUCGACAAAUGGCAACAGAAUUUAAAAACCUAUUCAGAAUGCUGCACUAAUUUCUCACUGCCAGUUUAUUCCUGUGGAGGAUAGCUGAGGACCUAAGGUGUUACCUUUGCAUAAUCAAAGAUGGCUUCUUCUGAGCACUAAUUGCCCUUCCUGAUAGUGAAAGAUACCAUAUUGGAUGUAUAUAAGCAUUAGUUGAAACUAGUCGAUCAAGUCAGUGGGUGACAGAAUAGUUAGCAAAUCAAGAAUUCAGGCUCUUGCUUGACCAAAUGCUCAAUCUGGUCAGUUGGAGUAUCUACCUUGGAGUCACUAAAUUAAGGUUGAAGUUGUUUGAUUGAAUGUGUAUCCUACAUAUUCUUGGUCAGAUCAUCUUAAAGCUUAUUUGAAACAUGCUAAAUUCAUACACAAUAGGAUCGUUGUUAUCACUGCUAAUAUGGCCAGAGCAAAGUUUGGCUACAUAGUCAGCUCUGCAGAGCUGCCUGAAGGUGAAUUUUCUUAAAUUCUAAUUAGUCUGUUUGAUGGGUGUUUUUCAUUCAUGUAACUAGACAUUCUAAAGUUCAGUUAGCUUCUUAUAUUUAAAAGUUCUGACCAAGUUCAUGAUUAAGUCAAUGAAGAAACGGUAUGAUCAUCUUGGAUCCUGACAUUUGAAAUGGACAGGCUAACUGACUGCAGUGAUUGUCUAGUGGUUGCCAUGGAACAGGAUGAAAAUCCAAUAAUGUUUGGAAAGUUUUUGUUAGCGCCAGCCUGAAGUACAGAAUUCUUCAUAGAUCAUACUGUCUCAGUAAUUGUAUCUAGAUUCUAGACGUCAUUUUCCAGAGAAAAGCGACUACCAGAUGGUAGCAUAUGAGAAUGACUCUGCCCAUGCAGUUGUUAUUUCAGGAUCUUGUUACUACUUGGCAAGCAGGCGAGUUGCCGAUGAUGUCGGCACUAUAGAGUGCCUACUUUGAUAUGCAGGUGUUAAAGGUUUUGGUUGAUGAACCCUGAGCCGAUGUUCUCACUUAUCAGCAGCAAAAUAUCUCUUCAAGUUACACUAUAAUUUCAAAUUUCUCACUAUAGAGUGCCUACUUUGAUAUGUAUUUUUCAUACGAGCCAGGGAUCAGCUCCUAAUUUGUCAACAAUACACUAAGGAGUGAUAGUAUUGGCAUUUGUCCACUAAUGCACACUUCAAUUUUCAAGCAUAAUUUGUCUGUUCCAAAUCAACCCCUGCUGUUGAUUCUCAUGUGCUGCAAGAAGAAUUACUAUAAUUACGACAUUGGAUAUCAUGAUUUUGCUGGACCUGUUCUCAUUUGUUCAGAAUAAUAUUGAAUAGAUAAAAGAAAUUACUGUGCUUUUUUCUUCUUUUUCUCGAAUAUGCAAUAGAGCUGCUGUAUCAAUAUCAAUAAAGAAGAAAAUAUGAUGCAGAACCAAUCCAAGGCUAUGUUAACACAAGGCUAACAGCCUAAGCCCAGACCACAAAGAAGCCUCCCCUGUUGCCUCCCUAAGAACAGUACCGACUCCCCAUAGAAAACACACUCAUUGCGUUUUCUUUUUCUUUUUUUUUUUGGUUGUUACUAGUUGUGAUGUAGCAUCGGUUUAUUCCUGCAAGUCACACAAACUGCUGUUCAUGAAGUUUCAUGUGCUGGGAUGGUGAUGGAACACAAAAACCUUGAAAUUUUUGCACUAGUCUGGACUGGACAGAUGUGAACCGAUGGUACUGCUGUGGGCUUGUUCAGAUUAACCAUCAACAGCACACGUGCCCAAUAAACUGUGUUCAAGAAGAAGAAGACCAAUGGACAAGAACUGUAAUUGGCAAGAUUGAGUUUUACCCAAUCAGUAAUUGUAAUGAGUGAAUUGCAUUUGCUUACAUGCUAAGUCGAGUAGUUUGCAUUUCUUUGCUGUUACACGACAUUCUAGAAGAACAAGCAAACACAGAACAGAGGCCCCUGCUAGUCGACAUCUAGACAUUUUCCUUUUUUGAUUGAUGAACCUGUUCGAACCUUUUUACUGUUCCCCUCGAUUUCCCUUGUGUUGCUACCCUAUUCAAAGCAUAUAAAAAUCUCACCAGCUCAAUUUUUUUUACCUUCCUGAUCUUACGUGUAUAUACUAACUCAUCGCUUCAAAAAAAAUUUGUAAAUUGUUUGUGUAAUUUGGGACGGCCAUUCACUUGUUUGUAUCUCUUAUAUGAUUUGCCAGCGCUCUUGCCGUUUACUUCAAAAAAUAUUCACUUGUUUGUAUCUCAUCAACAAGCAUUCAGAGCACCACCUCAUGCAUU